CCUACCUGUGCGCCAGAACAGAGGGGAGGGCUUUGGAAUACGUAGCAUUUAGUCUAACAAAAGACGCAUUUAUCAGCCAUAACUCUUCCUAUUCUUAUAACCUACAUUCCGAAUAAGAUAUAUAUUGUAUAAGAGAUUAAAUAUAAUGGCAGCGAUGGUAGGACUGGCGAUGAAUCCGCCGCAUACGACAGACGAAAGGGCUGUUUUCACGCAGCUGAAGCCGGUGAGGAUGGCUGCAGCGGAUGGCAUUGAGGAAGCGGCCGUAUUUGAGGACGUCAAACCCGGGAUUCGAUUAGAGUUGGACAAAUACCUGCCGGAGGUCAACGGUCCUCUGCUGAGUAACCUGAUCGACACCGUGGAGAGGAAGCACCGACGAGGCAGCGCCUCAUUGGUCGACGAGUUCUUCUCGGACGACAAAAGUGUGACCCCUUACAGCCUCAACAUCAACGUCAUCCUCCCCAACACCACCCACCUCCGCACAGGCCUCUACCGGCCCAACAACAAGACUCUGUCGGUGCAGCAGAUCAAGACAGAGCCCGGGCUGGAGGUGCCCUGCUCCAUCACCUCCUCCAGCACCCAGGCCCUGCCCGACUUCACCUCCGUGUUCAGCGUGCCGCCUGUCGUCAACAACGUCUUCAUCAAACCAGACAUGAGCUCAGGGUUAGUGAAUGUGUCCACGUCGUCGCACCAGCAACACCACCAGCACCAGCACCAGCACCAGCAACAGCAACAGCACCAGCAACAGCACCAGCACCAGCAAAAUAUGGACACGGAGCUCCACAUCGGCCCCCCGGCCCCUCAGUCGCAGGUCUACAGCAUGCCUUUAUCCGGCUGUGGGGACCUCACCAUGACUCUGUCCCACAGCAGCCCGUCAACACACGCCUCAGUGAGCGGCAGGACCAUGCUGAACCUUGGCAACGUCGCAUUGCAGACAAACAACGGCAACUACAUGAUGGCCGAGCACCAGGUACAGCAGCAUCAUGGUUAUUACCAAGCCUCUCCGUCACACACAGCGCCACACAGCCUGCCCCCGUCCCCCCCCAACUCUCAGCCGGGGAGUCCAGACAAUCAGGCGGAGCUGCUCAGUUUAGCGCCGCAGUUCCACCUGGCCUACCAGCAGCGCCUGGGAGGGAUGAAGGUGACGGGGCUGUCUCCACACGCCAUGCUGAUGACACACGGCCAGGGGGUCCUGACGGGCCCCAAAUACAACAGGCGGAACAACCCGGAGCUGGAGAAGAGGAGGAUCCACUUCUGUGACUUCCAAGGCUGCACCAAAGUUUACACAAAGAGCUCCCAUCUGAAGGCUCACCAAAGGACGCACACAGGUGAGAAGCCGUACCGCUGCACAUGGGAAAGCUGCGACUGGCGUUUCGCCCGAUCAGACGAGCUCACCCGACACUACCGGAAACACACCGGAGCGAAACCCUUCAAAUGCAUCGCCUGCAGCCGCUGCUUCUCCCGCUCCGACCACCUGGCCCUGCACAUGAAGCGCCACCAGAACUAACAUCUGGAUGUACACAAACCAUCCCAUAAUCACACACAAACACAGCAGGAUCCACACACCUGAACAGACACAAAAUCAUCCCUGUGGAGCCGUGGAGCUCCAUGGUGACACACCUUGAUUGGCAUCUAGGAGUAUGCUGAGAAAACAACAGAGACUUUGGUCAAUCCAUGAUGGACAUUUGAAGGGAAAUGGAAGAAAAUUUUAAAGCAAGUUUUUAAUGAAGGUUCUGGUUUAUUCAAUGAGACUCGGCUAUUAUGGUUGGAAAGCAUAUUCUUCCAGACUAGUAGAACAGUUCAAAAUACACAUUUAGAUGUUUAUUUGACAAAUGGUGUCUAUUUUUGUCUUAAGAUGUCUUCUAGAUUCACAAAAAAUAGCAUCAAUCUUCUAGUAUUAAAGUAUUGAACUGCCUCAUUUGCAUAUCAUAAGAUACAAUUAAAGGAACAUUGUUUAUAUAUCAGGUAAAAAAAACUGGCCUUGUGUUAUUCUGCUGCUUUCUCUCUUCUCAUGGAACCAGGGGAAGUGGUUUCUUGCGGUUGUGAACAGAACCGUCACGGCUCUAUUAUACGCAAUGUUUCUGCUAUCAGUCAACACAGUGUUUGCUGAAGAUUUAACAGCAGAGCUAAUGAUCUACCCGGGACUCAGAGAUGAUUUUCUGUCUGUUCUCAUCACUGAAACAGAUUUAAAACACACAUACACACUUCUCAUCAGAACAUUUGGGACUUCUUCUGAUUACAACCUGGAAACAACAUGAACUGUCUGUUGUCCAACAAAUCUACCACCACCUCCAUCUUUGAUCAGUUUCAGUCCUUUCUCAUUUUGAGAUAUGAACUUUAAAUUACAGGUUCGUCCUGCCUUUGUAAAUACGUGUGUGUGUGUGUGUUGAGAUUUAUACUUGACAUCCCUUUUUUUCUACAUCAAAUGUUGUACAAUUCCAUGUUGUGAUUUAAUCUCCCUCUAAGGGCCCUUUACAAAACAAGAAACAAAAACUCAACAGACUUUCAGAGAACUCCCUGGAAAAGUUAAUAAUCUGCCUGUCAUGCUUGUUUCAGGUAAUACCUGUCGAUCUCACAGCGGAGCGAUUUGCCAAUGUUUGUAUCCGUGAUAUUACCUGUUGCCACAGCGACCAGCUCCCCUGACGACAGUUUGCAUGCAGUUUCUAUUCAGCUCUGUGUUUGUUCAACACUUAAACUAAAGAAAGACAGAAAUGGGUGGAUAGACCUGUUGUGUAAUCGUUCCUGAUUGUUUUUUUAAAUGUACAGUGCGGAGGGUACAUGACACUCACGGAUUGCAGAAUCCUGUUAACUGGCUGAACGACAUUAGCUGAACGUAUUAAUCGUCACUUGUGGCGGCUGCUUUUAAAUAUACAUUUUUUUGAAAGCUCUGGGAUGCCCACGCAUUUUUGUGCAGUGAUGUAUGCUUUAAAACGACAGGAAUUACAAGAGGGGGGAAACAAUGUUGCUCCGUACAAAAAUGAUUCACUCUAUAAACUGAACGUGAAAAUCGUCUUCCACCAUUUCUCUUUUAGAUUAAAUAACAUUACAGUUAAAAUGAAAGAAAUUAAAAUCAUUGUUAAUUUGUCAAUCUAAACAUCCCAGUAUAAAAUCUCUCUUGAUACAAGGCAAGCUAUUUCUUCAUUUAUUGUUUUUUUGUUAUUCUGUGUAAUAACUUAAUGUAAGUCUUCCAAUGGAGCUCAUAGAUGGAUCCAUGCCAUUUAUUUGACAAAAAUACCGAAAUUCAACGAUUUGGAGGCUGAAAUACUUCUGGCAGGGAAUUACGGCCAACUGCUUUAUUGUGAACCAAUAUUUUUAGGAGCCUGAUUUUUCUUCACUGUUUCAAGCACGUUUUAGUUAUUAAAACAAAAGAUCUGUUGCCCGAGUAAUCCCCACAAUGAUACAUCAUGCCUACAGCUCGGAAAUAUUUAUUCGGUUAAACGGGUCAUAACAUGUUAUAUUGUAAGAACAGUUCUGCCUGUUCUCCUGCGCCACCUACUAAACUAACAGUAGAAGCAUCUAGUGAACGUUGUCAUUAUCGCCCCCUACAGGCAAAGACAAUAAUAACUCCUGUAAUUGCACCAUCUGAAGGCAGUGAAUGUUAGUGGUGAAUUUAGUUGUUUGUUUCCUCGUAAAUUAAACACUUUUCUGGCACUUGACCAUCAGAAAACAGCACUAACAUACACACAUGCAAAUGAAUUUACAUUAACAGUUCAAAGACAGAAGUAGUGGUAGUAUUUUGUGUCUAUUCGACAUCUUUUGUCCUCUCUUUAAAGCUUUAAAUUAAAAAAAAUUCAACCUCAAAAACACUAUCUAUAGUAACAAUUGCAGUUGUAUUUUUUUGCCUGUAUGGAGCAGACCACAAUGUCUACGCUUAUAGGUUUUUUUAACUUCUGAUGCUGGUAGUUGUAUUGCCUGUAGGUGGCGCUGGUUGGACUGGACCUGCCACUCUGAACUGAUUGAACGAUACUGCCUGAGUUGUUAAAGAUAUUUUGUUCUUCGCCCUUUAAAAACUCAAACUUUAGGAGCAGAAACUUGUCAUUUCUUUAACUGUUGUGAUGCAGGAAUGUUUAGACUGUAGGUUCUACCCACCCUGUACUCCAUAAAAACAAGCGUUUAUCGACA